AUGAAGGAAAGGCAGCCCAGGUCGUUAACAGUAGCAACAUGCUUUGGAUUGCUGGUAGCAAUCUUUACCCUCCAUAUUGCUUUCACAUCUGUGACAAAUUCCAUUGCUUUUCAAGAAUUAAAACGUUGGCAACAAAAGCUGGCGCUUGCGUUGUCACCUUUACAAUCAAAGCACACUGGAGUAAUCCAAUGUGAUCGUUCUCACAAACGUUAUGAUUUAUGCUCCAUCAAUGGCACCACACUUUUGGACCCCACAUCAUUGACUCUCUAUAAAUUGCAACCCCCAAACUUCAGGGGCCCAUCCAUAGUGUUGAAAACUCAUCCUUACCCUCGCAAAACUGACAAAGGCGCAAUGUCAAAAGUCAAAGAGCUCACACUCACUUCCUCAUCCCCACCCACAUCGCGCUGCGGAGUCACACAUAGUAGUCCAGCUCUUGUAUUCAGUACGGGCGGUUACACGACAAACUUCUUUCAUGCAUUCAAUGAAGGUAUUAUUCCCCUCUUCAUCACCGUUAAUUCUCUUUUCUCCAAUCGAAAUGUCACGCUUGUGAUCACUGAUAAUAGAGAUUGGUGGGUCCAAAAGUAUGCUGAGCUACUUUCUCAAAUUAGCAUCCAUCCGAUCAUCAACUUGGACAAUGAUAAAGAAAUCCACUGUUUUCCAUCAGCAACUAUAGGACUUAUAACACAUGGCACAAUGACUGUGAACCCGAAUUGGCUACCUAAACCUAAAACCCUAGUUGAUUUUAGAGCCUUCUUGAGCAAAGCUUACACCAAUGGCAACAAACCCAAGUCUUCAAACUAUCACAAAGUUCGACGACCACAAAUGGUGCUACUAAGUCGUAAAGGAAGUGUAGGGCGUGUAAUUUUGAACCAAAACCAGGUCAUAAAUGCAGCUGAGGAGGUAGGGUUUGACGUUGUCGUUCUGAAGCCAUUGAUAAAUAGUUCUUUGUCCGAUGCCUUUCGGCUAAUCGAUCGUAGCCACGUGAUGUUGGGGGUCCAUGGUGCAGCAAUGACCCAUAGUUUGUUUCUAAGGCCCAAGUCUGUAUUAAUUCAGGUGGUACCUAUCGGUACAGAGAAAGAGGCAUAUGGGAAGGCCAAAAGGUUUAUGGGGAAGGAAGAUUAG